AUGCCUUUCCCCAUCCUGUUCUCAUUUGUUGUUGCCUAUGUUAUAGGUGGUUGCAGCCCAAGUCCAGUUCCUGUUCUCCAUGUCCUUUUUAAGAGCCCACCUCUGCAGAAGCUCUUGAAGGACAUCAGUCUCAACGUCACAGAUGUGUUCCAGGUUUCGUUCACUUCCUCUUCUACAGUGUUCUACGAGCUUCGGGAGGUGGAUGGAAGUGAGGAAGAUGAAGAGGAAGAAGAAGAAAUCAGAGGCAAAAUGUUUCCCUUUGAUAGAUUGACUACACCUGAGUUUGUGUGUGGUCUGGAUGCCUCUGAUGACUUUCUGAAGGAGCGGGUCAUGAACCUCCCAGAGAGUGUCGUGGCAGGAACGCACUACAGCCAGGACCGAUUCCUCCGGUCUCUGAGCAACUACCGGGACAUCAACACCGAUGAUGAGACGGUCUUCAACUACUUUGAUGAAAUUGAAAUCCACCCAAUACACAUUGAUGUAGGAAAACUCGAAGAUGCCCAGAACAGACUGGCUAUCAAACAGCUCAUCAAAGAGAUUGGGGAGCCUCGGAAUUAUGGCCUAACAGAUGAAGAAAAGGCGGAAGUAGAGAAGAAGGCUGCGGAGGAACGCCUGGCCAAGGAGGCUGCUGAGACAGCAGAGCGUGAACACAAAGAAGCCGUCGAGAUGGCAGAGAGGAUAGCCCACUGGGAGGAGUGGAGUAAACGGCUAGAGGAAGUAAAAAGAGAAGAGAGGGAGCUGCUGGAGGCUCAGUCCAUCCCCCUGAGAAACUACCUGAUGACCUAUGUGAUGCCCACGCUGAUGCAGGGGCUCAAUGAGUGUUGCAAGGUGAGACCUGAAGACCCCGUGGACUUCCUGGCAGAGUAUCUCUUCAGGAACAAUCCUGAAAUGCAGUAAAGAUUCAUCAAUGGUGGGUCGUGGAGCUUCACAGAGAGCGCUCAAGUUAAACUUGCGAUUUGAAAAACGGCUUUUGAAAAUGCUUUUCUAGGGUU